AUGGAUGCAAUCCUUGAUAAAGUAUCUGUUAUCGACUCUAAAAUACUUAUAACGACCGUAUGCGGUCUAGUAGCGGCUGUCUACACUGCCAAGCAUCUCAACUCAAUGCGUCUUUAUGGGCGGGCAGACUACAGGCCCUUGUUCAAUCCUAUCGGACUAUUUGGUGUCGUGCUCACUCACGGUCUCGAUUAUUUCUGGAGACAUCGUCGCACAUUCUACAGCGAGUACAAGAGAGACAUUGUGGUGGUCGAACCGCUUAUUCACGGCGAAACCAUGUUAUUGACCAACUCGAUCGAAGUCCUGCGGGAGGUCGCCUCCGAUCCCUUGUGGUUCAAACCGGAUUGGUCUUUGAUCGUUGCAGCGUACUGGGGACACAACAUUGUCUCCGCAAAUGGACAGGAUUGGAAGAGACAGCGUCGUAUUAUACAGCCUGCUUUCAAUCCUCGAGCGUACAAGCAAACGUGGAAUGAAGCGCAACGUUUCUACCAGGAGAUGCUCAGAACAGAGAAUUGGCCCACUACAACUGGCAACCACAUAUCUAUUGAGGAUAUGCGGAACCAUUCACAGCGACUCGCUCUGUGUGUGAUCCUCUCUAUCGGCUUCGGUAUUCCUGUUUCCUGGGAUAAGAGCCCAAAGACCUUAGACGGUCGAAUGAUGCUAGAGGAGCCGAUUAGAGUACAAGCAGAGAACCUUGUUCUCACGUUUCUCAUGCCUCGAUGGAUGCUCCGCAUUCCGACAAAGCAUAUACAGUAUGUCCGCCAAUCUCUUGUCUCUUUGCGUGACUGGUUCAACGGCACGCUGGAGGCUCGAAAGGCCAAGAUUGCGGAUCUUUUGGAGCUGGUGGACAAGGACAUCGACUCGGAACACCUUCCUGGCGAUGUUUUCAGUCGUAUUGUUCUUGCGUCACAAGCAGAUGCGAAGAAUAACCUCCUUGACUCUGAGAUUAUUGGGUACGCCUUCUAUUUUAUACAUAUCGCAUCUGACCUAUGA